CGUCAAUACUUAGACAUUUAUACUUGAAUCCAACAAAUAACAUCAAUAUUUAACUUUUAUACUCAUAAAAUAAAUAAUAAAAUUAUUUUUAUCAAUUAAACUCACUAAAAUAAGGUCAUUUUACUUAGAGAUUCGUAUAUCGAUCAUGCCGGUCAUACCAGUAGUGCCAUGCCGGUUUUACGACCGGUAUCGGUUGAACCAGGUUCAAUCGGUGGCACGCCGGCCGGCGUGACAACCCUGAAGGGCACCCAUCCUUAAAAAAUGACUUUAAAGACCAAAACUGGUACCGUCCGGGCCGCCGAAUUGGACUCUGCAUUUAACAAUUCGUGGACCACCUGGAACCGUCUGGGCCGAACUCGGGAGCGGGUACUUUUAAACUCCGACCCGGUACCCGGAGCAAGCGGAGCCAAAACUGUUUUGAAAAAAUGAAAAACUUAUGGAGGCAAAUUUGAAAAUCCAAAAAAACUUCGGCGAAGGAAUAGCGCGCCCAAUCCGUUCACUUCUCCGAGACGCUUUCAUUCACUUCAUAUUUCCCAAAAUCCCUUUCACGGUUUCACAGCCAGCAAAGUAAUUAUCCCGUCCGCUCUGCCGACUUCUCUCAUUCGCCGUCCCUCUCAACUGCUCCGUAGCAUUUCGAGUCGAUUCGUCGGAGGAGAAGAAGAAGAAAACGAUGGGAGAUCCAAGCCACCUGGAGAAGAUGGGUAGAGAGCUCAAGUGCCCUAUCUGCUUGGGAUUGUUGAAUUCGGCGGUAUCGCUCUCCUGCAAUCAUGUGUUCUGCAACUCCUGUAUUUCGAAAUCGUUGAAGUCCCAUUCCAAUUGCCCGGUCUGCACACUGCCGUAUCGGCGGAGAGAGAUCCGUCCUGCUGCACAUAUGGAUAACUUAGUGAGCGUAUACAGAAGCAUGGAAACUGCAUCUGGGUUCAAUAUACUUGUGACUCAGACAGCUCCAACAGCCAAAUCUCCAGAUAAAGUAAAGCAGGCUGGAGAUGACACAAUUAGUGGUACAGAAGAUACUCAUGGUGUUGCUGAUGAGGAAAAAGUUGGGAACCGAAACCUUAAAAGAGGGAAAGGAUCAAAGAAGAGAAGUACAAGAAAGACUAAGGAUGUUUCUGGUCCUGCAACUGCAAAGCCUUCCUUCCCAACCAAGAAGAGAGUUCAAGUGCCACAGUAUCCUCUUUCUGAAACCCCGAUCAGGGGUCAGAAAGUGGAAAUUGGAUUGAGCGAAAACGUUAAUCAUGUUGUUAAGAGCAAUCCAGUGGUCUCAGAUGAGAAAGCUGCUAUCAAUGAAAAUGGGGAGCUGGUGCUUUCACCUCUCUUCUGGUUGAGGGAUGAAAGCCCUGAGAGGUCGAGUACACCUGUUGAAGAUGAUGAAUUUCUCAGUUUAACGCCUCUCAGUACUCCGCAGUUUAGUGACAUGAAGGAUUCAAGUGACAGUGAAUCCAUAAGUUUGUCGCCAACUGGAAAAGUAGCUCGUAGUUCAGAUUUUGCUGAUGAUUCUGAAAGUGAGCUGUUUAGAUGUACACAAAAACCUAGCCCAGCUGAUACUUUCUCGACUCCCCUUGAGAUGCAGGGUGUGUACACUGACAAAGUUGAUCCGUCUUUCAAAGGAGCAAAUAACGCUCUGAAGACUACAUCCUGUACAGGAGACGACAAUAACUGUAUCACAACCGUCAAUAGAAAACCAACUAAGAGACUUGGGCGUGCUUCUGGUGGGAUUUUGAGAAGAUGUACUGAAAUGAAGGGUGGCAGGAGUUUGAAUAAGCUUGGUGCUCCAACUAUGGAAUCCGGCAAGCUUGGUCGAAGAAAAGUAUGUGGUAGAAAGAAUAUUUCCACAAGUUUGGAAAGGCUCGAGAAGACUAAUACGGGUACUUCUCCAGUUGAGUUAGAACUUGGAAGUAGUCCUACCGUUGCAGAAGAAGCUAUCAGCCUAGCUGAUGAUGAUCUGGUGGAUGGAUGGGGUACUUCAAUUAGUCAAACCCAAGUUCGUGAUAGAAAUCAUCAAUCCAAGAAAACUAGAAAAAUACUUAGUGAGAGGUUUUGCCAAUCAGAUUACUCUACAAGGUUGAAAAAGCAGAAGCUGGAGUCUGAAGAAAUUAACAUGCCAGUUGAAGUUUGUGAAAACAGCAACAAAAUAGGUCAAGGGAAACCACGUCGUGUAUCCUUUUCAACAGUGAACAUAAUUGGCGAGACAAGUGUUGCAGAUGUGAACAAGAAAUUUGCUGAACAAGGUAAAAGGUCCGUUAAUCAGGAGGAUCAUACCAAGAUAUCUGAAAGGGACACACAAUUCCUUGAAGGGGUUCAAGAUAGUCAUAGAGGCAGAAAGAGGAAAACAAGUGUGCCAGAACUGAGAGAUGGUACUAUUCCUGGUACUCAAGAAAAUGUAAAGCGGUCUGGUGAGGCAGUGGUGGAUAAAUUGGCCGUUUCAUUUAUUGAACGCCAAUGGUCCCACGACCUAGGAAAGAGAACUGGGAAAAUGUUGAGGAAGGAGAUCUUCAAAACUGAUUGCCCUGUAAAGUUGAAGAAACUGACCAAGGAUUGUAAUGAAGUCAAACAGGCAACUCCAGAGGGUACAGAGAGGAGCGAAAUUCAGGAAGAAAAACAUCCUACAGUACCAUCUGGCGAAGUUCCUGCAUUUAAUGAAAAAAGUGUUUCUGAUGUGAACAAGAAAACGAGUAAACAUGUGAUAGGUGGAACACAAUGCAAGAAACUGGUUCAAGACAACUGCAGGGGCAGUGUUAUUAAACAGGAAAGCCUACAAUGUGCUUUCUGUCAUUCUCCAAAAGUCUCAGAGGAUUCAGGGGAGAUUGUUCAUUAUUUCAAUGGUAAGCCUGUAGCUGCAGAUCAAGUUGGUCAGUCCAAGGUCAUACAUUGCCAUAAAAGUUGUGCAGAAUGGGCACCUAAUGUCUAUUUUGAGGACGAUGUAGCAGUUAAUCUUGAAGCUGAGUUAGCUAGAAGUAGAAGAAUAAAAUGCAGUUGUUGUGACCUCAAGGGUGCUGCUCUUGGGUGUUAUGAGAAAAGUUGUCGCAAGAGUUUCCAUGUCACUUGUGCCAAGUUGAUCCCCGAAUGUCGGUGGGAUACUGAUAACUUUGUCAUGCUGUGUCCUAUUCAUUAUUCUGCCAAGUUGCCCAAUGAAGAGAAAGGUUCUCAGUCGAGAAAUACAGAUCACUGCCGUGAAAGACGAAAAUCAACCAUGUGUAAACACGUUUCUGAUGGGGGUUUCAGUAGAUCUCGCUGCUCUGAUUCGUGCUUCAUACCUGACAAGUUGGUUCUUUGCUGCUCAGCUCUCACAGAUGCAGAAAGGAAAAUUGUAUCAGAGUUUGAGAGAACAUCAGGAGCCAAAAUUCUGAAGAAAUGGGAUCCCAGCGUUACCCAUGUCAUUGCUUCAUUGGAUGAAAACAGAGCAUGCAAAAGAACUGUCAAAACCUUAAUGGGCAUUUUAUUGGGGAAGUGGAUCCUCAACAUUGACUGGAUCAAGGCCUGCAUGACUGCCAAGAAAAUUGUUGAGGAGGAGCAAUACGAAAUCAACGUCGACAUUCAUGGCAUCAAGGAUGGUCCUCGACUUGGAAGACUCAGAGUUCUUAACAAGCAACCAAAGAUACUUGAUGGUUUCAAGCUCUACUUCAUGGGAGACUUCAUACCCUCUUACAAGGGAUAUCUACAAGACCUAAUCACCGUCGCUGGAGGCACCAUCUUGCACAGAAAGCCAGUCCGCGAAGUCUCAGAAACCUCUUCACCUUCUUCAACCUUCGUCAUCUACAACUUGGAGCUCGCUGAAAAAGGCGACACGAGGAAGAAAGAUUCCAUUCUUACCGAGAGGCAAACUGAUGCAAAGGCGCUGGCUGACUCCACAGGUGCCAUAGCAGUGAGCAACUUAUGGGUUCUGAACUCCAUUUCCGCCAGCCAGCUUCAACCCUUUCCCUGACCAACAUUAUCUGAGUUUUAGAGUUUCUGAAACUUUAAAUCAUAGCUAUGAGUUAUUGUGGGAUCUCAGCUAUCUGUACAAAAAUGAAAGAACUGUUUCAUU